AUGUCCCUCAAUGGCAGGCUGUCCAGCCUGCGCCCUCGGCUCGCCCAUACCUCGAGUCUGUCACUUCGCCCGCAGCGGCGAAGCUUGAACGAGUUCAUUACUCCAGCUUCCGAAGCCCAACACCCACUCCCACCAGCCUGUUUCCGCCUCGCCGUCAAAGACAACAUCGCAGUCGGACCCCAAGAUGGAAAGGCCCUACCCACGACCUGCGCCUCGGGCAUCCUCUCCUCCCACGAGUCCCCGUUCGAAGCCACCAUCGUCCGGCAGCUGAGGGAUCGUGGCGCCCGCGUCGUCGGGAAGACCAACCUGGACGAGUUCGGCAUGGGCACACACAACAUCAACUCCGCCUACGGCGCGGCGGCGCAGGAAGCAACACAUGACGGCAAGGAUAUCAAGCUGAGCGCGGGCGGCAGCUCUGGAGGCAGUGCCCUGGCGGUCGCGAGCGGCGAGGCGGAUGUCGCCCUGGGAACCGACACGGGCGGCUCCGUGCGCCUCCCGGCUGCGUACUGCGGUGUGGUUGGGUACAAACCGUCCUACGGGAUGAUCUCUCGAUAUGGAGUCGUGCCAUAUGCGAACAGCCUGGAUACGGUCGGGUUCUUGGCACGCGAUGUGCGGACGAUACAGGAGCUGGUUAUAGGGGGUGGCUUAUACAAGGAGCAUGACCCUCGGGAUCCAACGAGCCUCUCGUCGUCCGCGAGGGCACGAUGCACAGGAUCGAGGGAGUUCUACGUUGAAAAGUCGCAUGGGGCGCGGGAUGGGAAAGACCAUAAAGAACUACUACAGCCGCUGACCUUUGGGAUUCCGGUCGAGUAUAACAUCGCGGAGCUCAAGGGGCGGGUUCGCCAAGCGUGGGAGCAGGCCGCGAGUUUCCUGCGCGAUGAGAUAGGCGCCCGCGUCGUGCCCGUGUCGCUACCAUCGACGAGGCACGCCCUCUCCGCAUACUACGUCAUCGCACCCGCGGAAGCAUCCUCGAAUUUGGCCAAAUACGACGGCGUCCGCUACGGACUGAAGCAGCCCGAGGUCGAGGCGGCCCUGGACAGGGGCCCCGAGGAUGUGCUGUACUCUGCCGUGCGCGGCAGCGGCUUUGGCGCCGAGGUCAAGCGGCGCAUCCUGCUGGGCUCGUACACGCUGAGCUCCGAGGCCAUGGACAACUACUUCGUGCAGGCGCAGCGCGUCCGGCAGCUCGUGCGCCGCGACUUCGACGCUGCCUUCAGACUCCCGAACCCGCUGCGCGACGCGGACGGGGAUGGCGAGCAGCAGCAGGUCGCGCUGGCGGACAUGGACGAGCGCGUUGUCCUGGAGAACAAGCUCGGCCCACCGCAAGUGGACUUCCUGCUCUGCCCCACGGCGCCGACGCUGCCGCCGAGGCUGGAUGCCGUCCAGCAGCGCCAAGAGAGCAGCCCCCUAGAGGCGUACAUGAAUGAUGUCCUGACCGUGCCGGCGAGCCUGGCGGGGCUGCCGGCUGUCAGCAUACCGAAGAGCGUUGAUAUCAAGAGUCUGCCCACUGGGGAGCAGUGGAGGGGCAACGUGAUGGGUCUGCAAGUCAUCGGUCAGUAUUGGGACGAUGCAAGGCUUCUUGCCGCGGCCGAUGCUCUGAGCGCACUUUUGAGGUGA